AUGGUGCCCCAAUCUCUGCUGGUGUUUCCCCUGUGGCUCUUAUCCUGCCAAGCAGUGGCUGGGUGCCUUCAGUGUGACCGCCGCUUCUUGGACUCGGUGGCAACCGUGCUGAAGGAAACGUUGCCGGAAGACCUGCCUGACCGGGACUCCUUCAUCGAACGGCACAUCCAGGCCUUGGCCGCUCUGCAUGGCACCUUCCUCCAGAAGAAAUACGAGCGGAUUCUGGAUGUCCGCGGAGUGAUGUCUCUCAAAGCAGACAUUAUCAAUCAGUUGCGAGCGAUGAAGAAAAAUGGCACGUGGAAAGGAGUUCUCCUGUGGCAACUUUCCAUGUACCAGCUCAGAGUCUCCCUGCGAAGCCGCAUGCAGAAGAUGCUGGAGAAAUUUGCUGAUCUUGGUAGCAAUCCCGAAGGGAAAGCUGUGACUGAGGGCCCCAUCUUGGAUUGCUGGACCUGCCUGCGUAUUGCCACCCAGUGUUUUGAUGGAGAGCUCUGCGGAGUGGAAGACAGACAUCUUGCAGAAUACAAUGAAGUCGUUCUUUACGUGUUCCUCGUCUGCGAGUCCGUGCUGCUGACUUCAGUUACGCUUGUGUACUUGGUGUGUUUCAAGCACAGGAGGAAGAUGUUGCAGAAGGCACUGGCCCAGUAG